AUGAAAAAGCAGACGGUCCAUCCCAGCCUAUUCAAAGAAGUCGUCAAAAUCAAGGCCAUGCUCAUGGCCUCUCACAGCCUGGUAGGUUUGAAUGAGAUAGUCGCGCAGUUGCCUGUAAUUGAAACCAAACAAACGUAAUUCGGUUAGUUUGGUCUGGUACGGGAGAUGACUAAAAUUCUUUACCACCUUCGGAGCUCGCAACUGUACACUUUACAUCUGUUGAUGAUCGUUCUCGUACGACGGACCUCAGGCCCGGACGUCAUACUCUAAUUGAGACCGAACGAAUUCUCCGUAGGUUUUUCCGAACAACUGCUUAUUAAUCCGCACAAAUAACGCCCAUAUUCCGAACUUGGCUGUCUACAGACACUGCAACAAUGGUAUAAGCAGGCAGGUUAUAAGUACGCCGAAGUCUUUCUGUUCCUCAACAAUUAAGGGUUCCAGGAGCGGGUCGAACCAUCAAAGUGUAAAUUGUUCUCGAAAAUGAGGAAAAAGCUUUAUUGCUGCUGGGCAGGAAAUCAGCACUCUGAGAUGCCCACACAACAAUUUUUUUCAGCGGGAUUUCUAACCGGCCAAACGGGACACUGAAAAGGACUCGAGGCCGAAUUCCUCAGAAGAUACAAUUCCGGCGAGAAGAAGCUAAGAAUAUUGAAUGGGGAAUCGUAAAUAUUCAGAGAUCAUUCCUAUGGAAAUAACCAAUGACAUUGAGCAUAGUGGACAAACAGAUUAUGAGGAAAGAACGCUCAUGUCUGCCAAACCGACCUAAGACAAUGACGGUCAACACAUUGACGUCCACUUCAAUGAAACAGCAGCAGACUCGGAAGGGGACGAUGUACCCGAAAACUCACGCAAAAUAUCUAGCGACUUCGACCCAAAAAUCGUUCGGGAAUCUGUCCUGGCUAAGCUCCGCUUUCCUAAUGCAAAUGCUCAGAACUUGUUCCAGAAGCUAGAUGAGCUGAAAGUGGGGAUAUCAGACCCACAUCCGGAUGUCAUCGCUAUCACAGAGACUUGGUUCUAUGCUGAAGUCUUGGAUGCCGAAAUUGCACUUGAUGAACAUUAACCUUUUCGUCGAAACAGACGGCAUAAAAAGGAGGGGGACUAACGAUCUACAUCAAGAGAGGAAUCAUCGCGUCAGAACACAAAAAUGAUUGCUCCAACGACUGGGAAGCACAGUGAUUAAAACCAAGGAUGCGUGGUGCACCUAAUUUGAAUCUCCUGACCAUAUAUAGACCGCCUAAUCUUACUCCUGAGGUUGACGGGAGGAUGUGCGGCUUAAAUGAAGAGGUGACACAAAACCAAGAGGUACUGAGAACAGGCUCUUGAAACUAACGGCUAAUCUCUUUCUGGUAAAAAAACGUCACGUUUCCAACCAGGAGCACAGAGGACCAAAGAGCAAAUUGUCUGGACUUCGUCUUUACAAAAGACCCAAUAAGUCCUGGCAAAAUUAAGUCCAUAGCACCGCUGGGUAAGAGUGACCGUGUCAUGCUGUUUUGAGAAUACCGCCUAUGCAGACAAAAAAUGAAUACGACUGAGCCUCGGCUGAAUUUCUGGUGAGAUUUUACCGCCAUGAGAAGUGAAUUAUUGGAAGUGGACUGGAAGGAUGUCCUUACCGAGCAUCCAGAUUUUGAUUGGAACACUAUCAAAGGAGUUUUAACCGACAUCAUGCAUCGAAACUGUCCGACAAAGAGGGUCAAAAAGAAUAGCCGUCCUGCCUGGAUAAGGCGGGAUAUAAAGAAAGAAGUAAACCGGAAAAGCAAACUAUGGAGAAGGUUUGCAACAACACAACAACCAUCUCAUUAUGAGCAGUUCAGUUACAUCAACAGCGGGUUAAAGAACGAAUAGACGGCCUCAGUGUUGAAGGGAGAAAACAAUGAGGAUAUCAUCGAAAAUGACGCUAAGCAAACAUCUUAGGCGGUUUUUCGCAUAUGUUUUCAGUGAUGAAACGAACACUGACGAGGCACGAUUACCUACUGGAACAACUGACGAAAUACUGGUAAACAUAGACUUCAUAGAAGAAGAUGUGAAAAAGGGACUUCUAGUCCUUAAGGUAUCUAAGUCUCCAGGUCCAGACCAAAUAGCGGCUUAGUUCUGAAGGAGUUGGCUUGCGGACUCGCCAGACCGCUUUUGCAUAUUUUUCAGUCGUCCUUUGAGCGAGGCAUUCUCCCCACUGAUUGGAAAGUAGCGAAUAUAUAUCCCAUUCACAAGAGUGGAGGUAGAACAAGUGCAAACAAUUAUUGGCUGAUGAGCCGUUUUUAAUAGGGAUUUCAAAAGCAUUGCCUGUCACGCUUAAAAUAUACUGACAUACUGGCCUAUUUGAAUGGGGUAACAUAUCAAGGAGACGUCGAGAGGGAUCAUCCUCCUCACCGGUCCUUCUGGUGCGGUGUCACAGGACCACACAGUUGCCGAGAGUAAAUAUAGGAGCCAAAGAGCUGACCAGCUGUUUAGUCGGUUGAGACUCUUUUGAAGCGCGUGACUGUCUGCCCCGGAUCUGAUGUCUGUCGACUGUUUAGCGUCACCAGGAGACAUGACGGCGCUGACUCUCCGGCCGUCGGCAUAGUCGUUGAUAUAAAGUAGGAAGAACAACGGCCGUAGGAUUGAACCCUGAAAGACGUCACUUAGAACGGGAGUAGGAUUUUACUCGGAGGAAAAAACACACACGGUUUGCAAUCUUCCUGUAAGAAAACCUGCGAUCCAUGUCAGCAGCUUUCCAAUAAAUCCAAUUUCAGACAGUGUAUGGUUUAGGCAUUUGUGUGGGAGGCUGUCGAACGCCUUUUUAGUGGUCAAGGAUGUAAGAUCAGUUCAAUUCAAUUCAAUUAUUUUUAUUGAAGACCCGUCGGGGUCCCAUCAAAGCAAGUAAAAAUAAAUUUACAUGCGAAUUUUAGACGAGGUAGGCAAAAUCUGUACAAAGUGCAAUACAUAAUUUCAGAGAUUAGAAGUCCGUUAAGCAAAAUGAAAAACGAGGGGUGAAAAAAACUCCAUAGCAAAAUUUAAAAAUGACUGUAUUAAUUUAACAGGAGAAAAAAAACCGUCAAAAAAAUAGCAUCAGAAAAAUGCAUGGAGGACUGGCCUGCAUGUGGCGGUAAGGAAAGGAAUAUAGUCGGACAUCAACAUGUCCGAAAUAAAUGUCAGCUUUAUAUGGCAUUGUGUAACGGAUUUCAUAAAAUGGUACGUAGGCGGGUCGGUCAGGACUGGCCUGUAUGUGGCCUUCAGUAAGAUAAACCAAAUACAAUAAUUUUACUCCGACUAGUAACAGAAGUUAGGAAGUUGUGAGGACAGGUUCAUUUUGUGCACAGGGCAGGUCGCCGUCAGCUGGCUGUAUGCUUGUGACAGGGAUAAGCGUCCGUUCUGGAGAGCGUCACUUGCGGUGCCUUCUGUGUGUCGUUACCACAAAAAAGGUGCUGUGUAUUGUUUUUGCUUCUGUACUGUCUGUUAAAAGUCACGUCCGCAAGGGUGGCGUCCCGUAUGUGUACUUGUAGCAAAUAAGCGCAAGAGGUCGCGUUGAUUGGCUUCGACAACACGCGAGAGUAGUGGCAAAUGAUCGACCAGGAAUGUGUUGUGGACGGGAUUGAAGCAGGACAGAUCGACGGUUAGCGUGCGCAGCCGUAGAGCGUAUACAAUAGAACGAGGGGACAGCGAGAAGGCUGCUACACCUUCUUGAAAUCCGUGUAGAUGACGCCGACCCUACCAUCUUUGUCCAGCGAGUUAUCCCACUGCUCAGUUGAGGACACUAGACAGGAAAGACGUGAACGCUUCCGCCUAAAGCCGUGCUGGAGCCCUGAGAGUAAGUAAUUCUGUACCGGCCCUCCUCCGAGUGUCUUUGUCGACGCUGGGCCUCUAGCGGGUGUCUGCACGCGCGCAUUCGGGCUGUUUGGCAUUCGCCCACUCGGCUCUUCACCUGGCUAAUCAGAUCCAAGGCCGAGUCAGAAGUGUCCUGGCUUAAGACACUGUGGAAACACUUGGCACGCCGUUUACCGGCGCCGGACGUUCCCUUGCCCGGCAGUCAACUCUGUCCAACUUCUUUUCCAUUUGUACUGUACGGAAUAUAUUAUCCUCCCCACUGGCGUCCGCCUUCUGUUUCCUUUUGGGACUGGGCCUGAGGGUCGUAGUAGCCAGGGUCUCACUCUCGGCCAAGUCUGCCGCGAUAGCUUUUCUCCAGGAACCUGGUUGUUAUUUUCAUGGUAUGAUUUCCAUUAUUUUACAGUAAUUGCAGGUGAGACUGAUGGGCCGACAAUUAUUAACAUUAAUCCGAGUCCAAUCUUGUAUGUCGGGUAGAUACUUACUGUCAUUCAUUCGGAUUGCAGUCCCCUAACUCGAAUGACAAAUGGAAGAUGUGCGCUAGUGGUUUGCAGAGUUCGCUUGUCAAUUCUCUCAAGAAUUUGACUGGUACAUUGUCUAUGCCUGACGACUCCGCAUGUUUGGGAUUCCGUAGCCCGCCUUCCACGAUAGAUACCGGGAAGAGUGUAUAUUUAGGCAUGGGACCGGUGUUUAUAGUAGCAUUACUAAUAUUGUGAUUCUGGAACCCCGUUUCCCCAGCGAAUACCGUGGCGAAGAACUGCCACGGAUACUCAGGUUUCCCGCGGUUUUCGACGACUUCUACGCCAUUAUCAUCCUUAGGCACUGCGAAUGGGUACUUGUUUUUUCGGUCGAAUGUUAAUAUAGGACAAUAAGAUUUAAUCUCUCGGGUAAUUCUGGAGCCAUAGUCCUCCACUGUAGAAAGUUAAUCGAUCAUGAGCUCUAAUAAAGGCGCAAUACUUUCCUAGAAAAGUCUGAUAGGUUGUUGGAAGGUCCGAUACGGAUUUAACGGUUGUUCCAGAGGAAAUAAUACUUGCAAGCAAAUAAGAGUGGGCUUUUAGUUCUAGGUUAGGUGGAAGGAGCGGCCAAUAAACUGAGAACAUUUUUUUUAUCGGAUGGAAACUCCACAUUCCUGAGGAAGAUUGUGCAAAUUUGACGCAAACUAUGACGUAAUGACGCAAAAAUUCUGUGCUACAAUAACGAUCAAACAUUUAAACCUUUUUGUCAAAUCCCGGCAGGAAGAGUCCACGCAAUCAAAUUGAGAUUACGAAUUUCGCGGAGUUUUGCAGAAAAGCACCAUAUCACUCAUCAGUCUGGGAAAUACUCUCAAUUAUGCCACAAAGAAUUAUAGACCUUUAGCAAAUCUGAGCUUAUCUGAUACUCGAUAUACAUGUCAAUUUACUACACUUAAUUUAAGGCGGCGCGGAUAACUUGCUGCCCACUACACGCCGGUGCUUUUUGUGGGUUUGUCGCUACUUAAUGUCCUCCACAACUUCAUUUAUAAGCAUAAAUGACCUUAUUCUACUUGUCCGAGACCUAAACAUCUGCGAAUUCCCAUAAAUGAGUUUUGAACUGCAGUAUCGUGAUAGCGUAGCUGGGGUUUCUUUUCAGCCCCUUCAGGUGCGAUCCAAAGCUGGGUAGCAGUGGACACUCACUCGCUCAGACGACAGCCCCACUCCAGAAGGCAAGCCGCCUCGAUGCGUGUGCGCGCCCACCGAACUGAUAGUCCUCCCAUCAGAAGCAUUUAUCCAGUUUGUAGUCCUAGGCAUUUUGCAGGCUACUUGACUCGUGAUGUCAGCGAUUCUGCCCUUGAAACGGUGCGCGCGCCUGUGUGUAUGUGUGAGAUGGAGGCUCUUCGCACCGGCGCGCAAUCGUAAAAAACUUUGUUGCCGCUGUAGUCGGCAACAUGACAGGAAAAUGUUAUCAGGGCAGUUUUGAGUGCCACAGCCGCUCUCACUGAUGGGUCGCUUUCGUUCAACUGAACCAAGUGUCAUUCUAAAAAAUCUUGCGCCUAUGCUGUUUGCUUGCUAACUACUUAACUUUCGCUUUGUUGGUCUGUGCAGGAGAUUCCCAAAUUUGUUGACGUCUUACAGUGAGGUUCUAGGCUGAUGUUGGAAUUGAGUGGCUCCGGCCAGUGGACCAGUAAGUAAUAGGUCGAUUAUGCAUCAAAAUGAUUUGUAAUGCAUAAGAUUUGGAGUUGCGUGAGGCCCUGAAAUUAUUGUACUUGCCUUUGUCUAGCCCCGCACUAGCGGCCGUAAUUUGAAGCUUGGCGUAUGACCAGGGAUCCGUUUAGCUGGCUGGGCACAGCUUGUGCGAAUCACAUUAAAUGACUGCUAGGAGAGUUGCUCCUGCAGGGACUGCUGAGAUGUCAAUCUCAAAACUGGCUUAGUGUAUGGGCUAGCCCUGGGUGAGCAUGAUGCUAUCAGGGGAGACAAAGCAAAUAAAUCAAGAGUUUCGCCAAUGAAUGUUCUGCAGCGCUUACGCGAUGGAGGAACUGCUAAAAUCUGUUUCAAUCGCCGAAGUUUCUUCGCACGGGUAAAAUGAAAUACCAACGGUUAGUCAGUCGUAGGCCUUGCAUUGGCAGUAACCUAGGGAGCCGUUAGUCGAAUAUUCGACCAACUGCUAAUCUUUGGAAGACCGAAACUAAAGGCAGAUAUUUUAAUAAUACAAAUGUUACCAUUUAUCAAACAAGACCGCUUGCAACCUGCACAUUUCGGACCAAGAUCCUUGUUCACAGGUCGAGCUCCAUUUGUUUUUUUUCAAGUCCCCCAUGGCUGUCUAGAACACACUGACAACGGCUCAUGCCACUCUGCUUUAGACUUGCGACGCGUUACUUAGCUUUAAUAUAGAAACUACAGCCGAAUAGAUGAAGUCCGCCCACGUUAAUACGAGUAGUAGGUUGAAUAGUCCCCAGUAAGGCAGAUACUUUACUCGUCAACCGAGUGACGUGUCCCUCUUAUGGCGUAUGUUUCUGGCUGACUACUUUAACAGGAUUUCCACCCUCCCCAACUAUUCACUAUAUGCGCCUGAAACCUGUUCCACCCAGUGUACACUUGAAAAAUUAACCCUUUGUCCAAUUUUGUACUCUUAUAGGUAGCGCAGUCCUUUUAAGAUGGAACAAAAUUUAUGCUGGUUCAGUAGCAGUUUUAAAAAUUCAACGUAACUGCUUUUCGAUUACUGUAACUCUUCCCUUUUGCCGUAAUUUAUCUGUUACAAUAUAUACACGUCUUUAUUUAUUUUGCACCUUCUUGCCCUCCAGGAUUUCGUUUUUGCAACGCUCUGCCCCUGGCGGUUCUGAACAGUCUUCGUCAUUUUGUAACCUUUUUGAUUUUAUUCUUUUAGAUUUUAUUGAAAGGAUCUACAAGAUGCCGAAGGCCAUAAAGAUCGACUACUUUCGCUAUAUGACAAAUGAAGCCUGGCGCGUACUUAUGGCAGUAGGUCUUAACAUUGCGCUGGAUAGUCACCUUCUUGCUUUUAGGUAGAAAUGGGCAUGAAAAACCACGAAUUUGUUCCGGCCGAUCUUGUGCACAAAAUCUCUCGUUGCGCUCGACGUGGCUCCAGCUUUCUCAAGUUACUCAGGGACGAACUCGUGCCGCACGGUCUAUUGGCCUACGAAACUGACGCUCGGAGAGGUGAGUUCUCCGCAACGAUGAUGACCAUGAUCUUAUUUGUUAAGCUGCACAGUGAAAUGGCCACAACAGUAGGCCUGAUUAUUGUGUCUGUUAAUGCAAAAAAGAAGCCCUGAGUUGCCCGCCAGAUAGCCUUGCGUAUUUUUUCUCUAUUUUCAGCCUAUUCCGGCUAUCGGUUGACAAAUCUAGGUUAUGACUACCUCGCCCUCCACGCUCUCAUCAAGUCUGGACAGCUGAUCGAUCUCGGCUCCAUGAUUGGAGCUGGAAAGGAGUCUGACGUCUACCUGGCCGUCGCAGGUGAUCGCGCCGGUCGGCCGGACGAAAAUGGGGACCCUGCUUGUACCCCGGAGGGAUUACCCGCCAAGGGAGACUACGUCGUUAUCAAGUUCCAUCGUCUCGGUCGAACCUCCUUUAGGAAGGUGAGAGAGAAGCGCGAGUAUCACCAGCACAGAAACACUUGCUCGUGGCUCUACCUCGACCGUCUGGCCGCCUCGCGUGAAUACGGCAUGAUGCAGGUUCUUUACGAUAGUGGGUUGCCUGUUCCUCGUCCACUGGCCUGCAAUCGAAAUGCCGUAGUAAUGUCCCUCCUCGACAAUGCCAUUCCCCUCUGCCGCGUCCUACCGUCCAUUCUACGAGCCAGCGACGGCGCCGUGGCCAGCCUCCUCUACAAACAAGCCGUAGAUAUCCUCAACCGCAUCACUCGUGCUGGCCUCGUGCACGGGGACUUUAAUGAGUUCAAUCUUCUGGUUAGCGGUAUUUCUCAUUCGGACAGGACACUCGACAGCUUUGGGCCCGAAGAAGAGGGGACAGACGAGCAGAUUGAUCUGGAGAUGGUUAAGCUCAUUCUCAUCGACUUCCCCCAAAUGAUCAGUCGGGAUCAUCGAACUGCUCAGGGGUGAGCUGUCUUUUAGACCAAAUUUGCCCUUUUUGCUUUAAUUUAUAUUCGCCGCUUCACUGAUCAUUUGGGCCAAAAAGGCUAGAAGUCUGUUCACGUCAUGUCUUAUGGGCAACCGGUCAUAUUUCAGAUUUCGAUUUUUUUUUCGAUUUUUCGUUUUAAUACCUGCCGUACUUCUUACUCGAUAUGGACGCGCAAAUUGUUCUCGAUCUUCAAAACCAUAUUGCCCGAGCGGGAAGUAAUUCAACUACCGAAGAAGGAUCACUGGAAUUUCCUCUCGCUGUGGAAGGGGUAUGGGUCCUGGUGGGGGGGCCUCCCAGUCAAAUAUUCACCCCUUAAUGAGUCCCAAGACAGCGACAUCUUGUUUGACAACGGUGACUGCCCGUCUCUGCCUAUUCGCAACAGCAUGCGGCCUAGGCGAGAAAAAUCUGUCAACGAUGUUCCCGACGCCACCUUUUUUGCCCAUGAGAAUUCUGAAUUUGAUUCGGACCCCUCGAUGACUUUCACGAGCUAAAGUUCUAGCAUACAAUGAGGAGAGUUCCAAUUCAUCGUCAGUGCUGGCAUAACAUGAGGCAGCGGUCUUAUUAGAUGACAGAUGCAGCUUGAGUCACUUCAUUCCGUCACCACGAGGGCAUUUUCCGAGACCUUGAGCAUGCCGAAAAACUCAAUCUAUAGAAGCCUUUCUAGGAAAAAGCCAGAGAGACUAAUUACUCUCAUUAUCAUUCAGCCGAACUACAAUCCCAGGCCUGGAAACUCGAGACUUGAAUUGGAACCAGUUGUUUGUCCAACAUCCGAGCUGGUUUUUCUACCAUUUGAGCCACUGACCCACGUCUUCUUGGCUGCGCUAAGAACGGACCACGCAUGUCACAUCUUACGACCAGAUCGGUGAACGGACACUUAUCCUAGUUUGAAGUCGACCUACCUUGAAGCUCCACCGAGGAACUAUAGUCCGUGCUUAACCAUCUAGUUUUCGCCCCCCUGUCUAUUCGAACGCUGCAGUGGCCAAACUGAUGGUCGGUGGUUUCAAAGAAUUCAUCGGCCGAAGAACGGUGUCUCGAAAUCGGAACUCCAUGGCCUUCAGCCUUCUCCGGUGUCUUUCACCGACUGACGAUCUGAACAGAGGCCCUUCCCUGCUCUGUAACCAAGAGGUGAAGCGAAGCCAAGCCAGGAGAUGACGCCGGCGCUGACAGUGUCGGAGACUGGAAAGACACUGACCGCGCUGGUUCACGAUGCCAUUGACUCCAGGGUCUAAUAUGCAAAAACGAAUAAGUGCUUUAGGCACCGAAAUCCAUGAACCAUAGAAUUAAGCAGAAGCAAUUACUUAGGCGGGGUUACAGCGUUAGAUAAAAAGUAAAUAGUUUGCGAAUUCAUGUCGAAAUUGUUAGAAGAACUGCAGACCAGCAGUCGUGCCGUCUGCAUGCUUUCACCCCCAUUACACGAACCCUACUGCUUUAUUAAAGUUUUGAACGGAACCUUUGUUAACCUCUUUUUAGAAUUUAUGAACGGGAUCUGAACGGAAUCCUUAGCUUUUUCAGCCGGUACCUGGACAUCGAGCCUGAAUCAAUCCCUCCAAAGUCCUUAGCUGCAGUGCCGUAAGUUCCCUAUCCUGCCCAGCCUCCCCUCAUAAAAGCAUCAAUAGUAUUUGGGAUUUAUGGUCACUCAUCCUCAAUAAUUUAGUUUUUUAGACCGGCAUGAAUAAGGUUUCUUUAAAAAGCUAAUUCUUAACUUGAUGCCCCAUUCCCCUCAAGCCCUGAUUGCGUAUUCUCACGCCAACGAAAUAUAGAAGUUAAGAGCCUCCGUAUGUGGUGGGGACUUUUUUGGGAGUUGGAUGCUCCAUCUAUCCAUCUGUUUUUAGGAUGUUCACUCCAACAGUGCCUUUUUGGCAGCACGUCUAUCAGCCAGUAUAUUUGGAGCAAAUUGCAGAAGCCCUGAAAACUCCAUUUAAACGGUACAGGUGUGAAUGAAAAUAGUUAAAUUGCAGAAAUUUUGCAUAUCGUUUUAGGGUGCAGAAUGCAUAACUCCAGUGGUGGAACAUAAAUGCGAGAAGGGUGUGGCGUUUGCGAAAUAACGGCGAAAAUAAUCGUUCACUGCGUUCGCACUGAAAACAUUCGUCAGGGUUAAGGUUAGUGUACACAGAAGGAUCUGUUGAAUUCAUGUUAGUAGUAGGUCUAUGGUCAUUUCAGUAAUCCGCUAGAUCGGGCCUGGGGAGUUCGGGCCGCCUUUUGACAGGUGAUUAUCCAGAUGCCCCUAGAACGCACUCAUGGUGGUGGAAUUAAUAACAUACGUCGACAAAGAAUUCCAUAGGUGAAUGACCUCUGCGGGAAAAAGAAGGAACGUCGAUUUGUGUGCACAGUUCUUUGGUACCAUUUCAUAAGGAUUUUCUCGGCCGACAUCCAGAUCAAGUCAUCUUAGAAACAGAAAUGUUGCUAUGAGGUCACUUCUGUCCUGCCUGCAGUGGAGGGGACGGAGAUUCGAGGUCGUCAGGCACUGCUCGUACGUGAAAUUUUUGAUUUCAUGAGCAGCCUUUGUAGCACUUCGCCAUACACAUACCCUUCCGAAGCCACGGCCGUCAAGCCUGCAUCGCAUAUUCCAGGUGCGGCCGCACAAAUGCGCCAUAGGUCCUGCUAACGACAACAACUUAAUAAACGCUCUUCGUAUCGCGCUCAGGACUGACAUUGACCGAUCUGUGACUUUAAAACACUCUGUGGUGACGCUUGAGUCCUCUUACAUGAAUACGCCAAGAUCUUUUUGCACAUCUAUGUUUUCAAGUGGUUGACUUUCCAGAAAAAACUGUCCUGAGGGUGCAGUUAUUAUUCGCCAUGCUGAUAUUAUGUGCGUUGCCACGUAUUUUUAACGCUGAAUUUCAUGCAGUAUUUCUCGCGCCAUGCGGCUGUGUUUUGCUGAAAAACCUUACUUCAGCUUUAAGCAGACCAAGGGCACUCAAGACUGCUUCCCAGUCUCCGGUUACCUGGCAGAACUGGUCCUGCAGUAGCUGAUCUUCUGGUAUCGUUGCGCUGAUAGCGCGUUUAUUGCCGCCAGAUAUAAUAGGCUGCAGAAUAUCCGUGGAUCUUUGGGAUCUAUUGGUCGUUAGGCAAAGUCCCAACGAUGAAAUUGAGACUAUGGUUUAUAGUACGUAAGACCCCAAACACUACACAGGUUCCCACUUUCACAGCAGCCUUCUUGCGCCUUGCAAACGGAGCUGAGUGAGAUCACUCUUCACACGACUCCAGACUCACUGCGGAAUCUCGGAAGAAAAAACACGUGGGGUUCGAUAUCUUCGCUACCAAUUUAUGCAGAAUGUCGUUUAUAAUCCGAUGUCCACAUGUUCGUCUCCAGAGAGCACCGGUGAAACCACCAAUGAUAUCGCAUGCCCUAUCAUACAUAAAGACGCCUCAGAGGCGACCGAACACAUUGCUGCGAACUGGGUGUUGGAAUUACCCACCGGCCCCAAGCAACCACGCUCUGCAGGAUAUUUAACAUCAGGGUUCGAGUAAACUCCAAGCAGCUGUCGGGCGUAGCGAUUCGUGUGGAUCGCUCUUUAGCUGUCUUCGUAAUUACAAAAGUCAGACUGAGCGCUUUCGGGCAUCUCGCAUACACGAGCAUAAGUUGGCUGUGCGAUGAGGUGACGAAUAAUCACGAAUGUCUGCCUAAACCUUCGUAAGGAGUCACGAGUUCAACACCACAGCCAUCAAGAUGAUCACUCACGCCGGAAGUGAAACGGGUGGAUCGAAGCCUGGGCCUCGAAUGAAAACUCAGUUAAUCGAUGACUCGAUUUGGCGUCGACAAACAGAGCCCUUAGCAGCAACCUCCAUCCCUCCAUCUUCGUUUAGCACACACCGCCUGCAACUACCGCUGUUUCUGUUGGUGCUAUUACCGCUGACGAUGGAGUCCUGCACGGCUUGGAAAACUUGGAAAAGUAAAAAAGUAUUUCUGGUGCUUGGGCGAUCUUCCCCUUCUCUCUCUUCUUCAUUUUCUUAAUCUCCUUUUUCUCCCUCUACCUCUUAUCCUUCUUCUUGUUCCCCCCCUCCUCCAUCCCCAUCUUCCUUAAACAUGCACCUACACCUGGAACAUUCGCUCCCACUCUAUUAACGUCUUUGUUUGAAUGACCUCGUCUCUUGCCUCCCAACUGCUUCCCGGAACUCGUAUUUUUGCCAAGAUCUUUUUGAACCUCUACGCUUUCAAGUGGUUGAUUGUCCAGGAGAUACUGUCGUGAGGGUACAUUUAUUAUUCACCUUGCUGAUAGUAUGUGCAUUACCACACACAUUUUUUUGACGUUAAAUUUCAUGCGCCUGCCAUUAGAUCGCGAGAAGCCGGCUGUCGACCGCACUCUGCUCUGACAAGACGUAAUUUGCGACUAUUUUCGUCCUUUUUAGUCGAACGGGCUCUCUAGACGUUCAGCUGCGGGCUCCAGGCUACCAAAACACGUCCAAGACUAAAACACGCGGCCAGAAUGGCACGGACGAUUCGGACGUCCUGGUGGGCAACGUCGCCUCACUGGCCCUUCACCAAGAGAACGAGGACGACAGUGGAUCUAGCGACGAAACUGAUUCUGACGAGACGGGGACGGAAGAUGAGGGUGAUGGGGCACAAGAAGACGAGGAGGGUGAAAACUCCGAAGACAGUUCUGACGAAUUCCACAGUCUGGAUUCUGAGGAAGAAGUUGACAAUUCGGCAGAUGAGGAGGUUGAAAGCAGAGGAACAAUAACAUCGUCCAAGGUAACAUGGAAUUUUGUCUUAUUCAGUAAAUCGAAAAGCUCCAGAAGACCAGUUAGCGAGCAUACAUGUACUUUAGACAAACUCUCAUUGGGCCAGUGCAUCCAUGUGUGAAAGGGUACAAGUGAAACCCGUGAGAAGUAGAAAAAUCGACUACAGCUGGUCUUUUCAUAAAAGUGAGUGUGAGAACAGGGGGAGGAGGUUGGAAUAAGAGGCAUUGGGGGUUAAGGGGACGGGGGUAGAGGGCGCAGAAGAGUGCAUGCAUUUAACCGUCUUCUGGUCAUGUUAGGCGUGGUACUCUUACCAGAUUCUUCUGUGCUCACAAGAUUGGCUCUUAUUAGCAGGCGUUGACCCAAUGACUUACGGUAGUUCAGUGGUACAAUGUGAAUCGCACGGAAGGCUGCGUUGGGCUCCCCACGAUGCCCGAAAUCAACAAUGUGUACAAGGAUGGUCGUGUUUAUGCUUCUAACUUCGCCUUUUCAUAACCAUGUCGGGAGAUGUUUCCGUAUUCCUUUGGAUAGGCGCCUACUCGUGCGGCUAAUAUAACUUACUCCGCAGGAGCAAGAAAAGGAGUUAACGCACUUGGGGUGGUCUUAGCGGUUUGGCGGGAAAAGUCAUAGGAGUUAGACGGGAGGCAUUUUGAGAAGUUAGGUCUCUGCCCACUUUCAAAGGUUCAUUACGCACAGAAACCCAUAGUCGAGGCACUUAGUUAACUGAAUGAUUCCACGUACGUUAAAUCGACUAAUCGGCACGUCGACCUCCCCGGACUAACAAGUCCUGAGCUGUCACCUGCCCAAGGCGGGUCGAAUUCGGGAAGGCCUAUAUAUUACGACGACACCCAAACUGGCCGACGUGUGCAAGUGUUGGCGACAGUGAGAAGUGGCACAAGUUGAUUCAGUCACAAGAUAAACAGGCUGCGCGGGAGAAAUUACUGGCAAACGCCAGCAUUUAACCAAACGCUGACGCAAUUUAUGGUCAUCGCACUUAAGCUAUUGCCGUGUCAGCACAGCGAAUUGAAUGUGGCAGAUGCGGCCCCCAGUCGUUAACAGUUUUGGUGGCAGAAUGAUGCUAGCAGAGAGGCGGACUGAUUAAGACAGACUGUUUCGGGCGUAUCCGCUUUCAUUCAUCAAUAACAAUGAUAAUGAUAACAAUCUAGGGGUAGAAACUGAAGUUCAACCGUCACAAGUGGCGAGGUCCAUUGUCGGCACGUUAAUUCGUUUAUAACUAAGCAGACUUGCGUGUGUCUUCCAACAUGCCUAAAACGCAGAUUGUUCACAGAUGAGGCGUGUCAACUGGGUCAUAACCACUUACUUGAGCCGACGUUUGUUAUCACCAAGGCACCUGGCGAGUAUUUAUUCACGCACUCAUUCAUUAUCCAAAGUUGCUCCAAAAAGGACCUCAGAACGAUUAGGGUAACCGACUCCGACUGGCCUACACAUAAGUGCACUUUCUAGUUUCCGAAGGUGGGCGGUAGACAUUAGUGCAGGAAUCGUGUCCCAACAAUUGGCAUAACGUCUCAGUUUUUCGGUAUAAGACUGAUUUAUAUCAGUUUGACAAUGUUCACCAACGGAGAGCCCUUGCGUCCGUUCAGUCACUAGUAGGUGUUGAUGACUUUUUGUUAACUCACUCAGAUGAGCCACCCCGUGAAGUCCCCGGCGGACACUCUAAUCGACAAGCACGAGGUGCGCGAACGACUCCGGCGCGAGGAGAAGAAGAGGCAGCAGGAACGGUUCCGUUUACGAGUCAAGCGUCAGCUGCGAGCCAACAGAAAGAAACAGGCACGAGCUGACGUAGUCGCGGAAGGCAAAAUCUUCGGCUGA